UGGCUCGUUUACAGCAACGAAUGUGACGGUGGUUUCUGUCUCCCAUGCGUUUUAUUUGCCAUACGCGAAAGCUUAGGUACCUUAGUAACCACUCCGUUUAAUCGGUGGACAAAAGUAAGCAAAGUGUGUGGCGAACAUGAGAAACAUCGUUACCACAUCGAUGUCAUGGUUGCAUACGAUAAUUUUCUCACGACAAGUCGGAAUCCGCAAAAAAACAUCCAAGUUCAAAUUGAAACCGAACGCGGGCGCACGAUUAAGAGAAACAGAGAAAUUGUAAAAAGUGUUGCAAAGUGCGUUCAUUUUUGCGGCAAACAGUGCAUUGCAUUGAGAGGCCAUAGAGAUGACAGCACUGCCGAUCAAAAUGGAAACAGGGGCAACUUUCUAGCUUUGCUGGAAUUACGUAUUGACUCUGGCGAUGAAGUUUUAAAGAACCACCUAGCGACCUGCAGCGCGAAUGCACGAUAUUCUAGUAAAACAAUACAGAAUCAACUCAUAAUGCUGAUCGGAGACCACAUAAGGGAUUCGAUAAUUCAAGAAAUCAAAGAAGCAAAGUACUUCUCAAUUCUUUGCGAUGAAGUCACUUGACAAUGACAAUGCUGACAAUGCUAAUGCUGACAAUGACACUGACAAUGCUAAUCUCGAACAGUUGUCUUUGGUUUUACGAUUUGUCGACAAAGAGUGCGUGAUCCGCGAAGAGUUUGUAGACUUUCGAUGCACCGAUCGAAUAGCUGGUCAAGUAAUUUCUUCCUUGAUCUUGGAGAAGUUGGACCAGUGGGGUCUGGACAUUUCAAACUGCCGAGGCCAAGGCUACGAUGGUGCUUCGAAUAUGUCUGCACAAGCACGGGGAGUGCAAGGCUUAAUAGCACAGAAAAACCCCAAGGCCCUGUAUGUGCACUGCAAUUCCCAUGUACUGAAUCUC